AUGUCACCUUACUCAUCCAUUGCUCUUCUUAUGCUUUGCAUUUUCGGAGUUUGCCUCACUGAGUCUCUAAGUAAUGGCUUCAGCGUUGAACUUAUCCAUCGUGACUCUGUAAAAUCACCAUUUUAUCGUCCAGCAGAAACACACUUCUUACGAGUUUCCAAUGUAGUGCGUCGUUCCUUCAAGGGUGCCAGUCCUUUUAGAAAAACUUCUUCCCGUACAAAUACUAUUGAAUCAGAUGUAAUCCCAACCACAUUUGGUGAUUACAUCAUGAGUUUUUCAAUUGGUACUCCACCGUUUGAGGUUUAUGGUACUCUUGAUACGGGAAGUGAUGUUGUCUGGAUUCCGUGCAAACCUUGUAAGUCAUGUGAUGAAAGAAUCAAACCUUUAAUUUUUUAUCCUUCAGAAUCCAAAACCUACAAAACCUUUCCUUGCUCCUCCACCACAUGUCAAUCUUUAAAAUAUUACACCACGUGCUCCUCUUCUUCAGGCACAUGUGGAUAUAGAAUAGAAUAUAUGGAUCAAACAAAGUCACAAGGAGAUCUUAGUACAGAUACGGUUACCAUGAACACCACGAAUGGCUCCUCUGUCUCAUUUCCUAGCAUCUUGAUUGGAUGUGGACAGGACAUAACUGGGAUUCAACAUACAAGACAAGCUGGCUUUGUUGGCCUCAGAGACGGACCUUUGUCUUUCACAACUCAAUUGGGUUCUUCCAUGAAAAGAAAGUUCUCCUAUUGUAUGGCGCCUUUAUCUUUGGCGUUUAAUAUCUCAAGUAAACUAAAUUUUGGUGAUGCUGCUAUUGUUACUGGACAGGGGACUGUCCCAACGCCCCUAAUCCUAAAACCCGACUAUACACUAACAUUGGAAGCAAUUAGUGUGGGAGAUAAGAGACUUGAUAUAGGGCCCUCCUUUGGGUCUAGCGCAGAAAAUAUCAUAAUCGACUCUGGCACAACAUUUACAUAUUUGCCCAAUGAUUUCUACAACAAGUUGGAAUCAAUAGUGGCUGAUAUUGUAAGUUUAAAGCGUGUUGCAUAUCCAUAUCCAGGUCACUAUUUGAAAUCAAGCCUAUGCUUCGAAGGCUCACUAGACACAUUGAAGGUUCCUGUUAUCACUGCACAUUUUAGAGGUGCUGAUGUCACGUUAAAUUCUUUCCAUACUUUUCGUCCAAUGAAUAAUCGAGUUGUGUGCUUUAGUUUUGCCUCGUCUAAAGAUUUUGGGAUUAAUAUCUUUGGGAACAUGGCGCAACAGAACUUUUUGGUUGGCUACGACUUGCAAAAGAAAAUUGUCUCCUUUAAGCCCACAGACUGCACAAAGCACUGA